AUCACACAAGACAGGACGGGAUCUCUCACAGCGACAGAGCUGAGUAAAAUGUCUUGCCUUUUGAACAACAAAGCAUCGUCGGCUGCAGCGCAGUGUUUGUGUUAAAGCAAAAAGAAAAGCUUUUUCAGUUCGGCCUCCUGUCUGUCGCGUAUCGAAAUAUCGGCAAAAAGACGUGUUUAGUGAUAAUACAAUAAACUAUAUCAGCCAGCAGUGAAAUUUUCAUCGUGCAUGUAAAACUUUGCAUCCUGAUUUGUGUUUGUGAAUUGAAUAAGGUGAAAAAUCUAAUGGAUUAACAGCGACUUCGCGCAUAACACGGUGCAGAAGGGAGGAUUGCUUGUUCCUAAAUUUGCCGCAGCACAGCUGGAGGUGGAAUGGUGAAAAACCGGUGAAAUUAGCUGAGAAAAGUGAAGCAAAUCACAUAAAAAGUAUAUGUGGUGUGGAUAUGCAACAAUUGCUCAUUGAAAUACAAGAAAUGUUAAAGUUAUAAUAACAAAAAAACAUGAUGGAUAACAUGACUGUUCACGCAAAUAUGACAAAUUAAUUAUCAAGUGUUUCGAAGGGUUAAUUUUCCAACAUUUGUGGAUUGCAUGAGUAAUUAGAUGCUGGAUUAUAUGUUAAGCACAUUGCAUCUAGAAAGCUGAACCUGGAGAAACAUACAGUAGAUAGAGAAAUCAAUUAGAUCACCGUGAAAUGGACCCGCUAGUGAUCUCGUGGCCAUCGUUCAUAACUCCUACAUCAUACCGUACCAACGCCGUGUGAAACAAUAUCACAACGGUAAACCCGGCGCACGACAUCUCGCACAACUUGUGCAUGAAACAGUUUCAAGAAGUUGGAUUAGUUAAAACAUACACACACACAGAGAAGUAAUUCCGUGACAUCUCCGCAAUCGCACUCGAAUGUUGCUUCUGAAAUUACGGCUACCGCAGCUCUGUGAAACACAUCUAACCCAUUAAGAACCAGUGCCAAAUUCUACCGCUUAAGAUUGUAAUUAAAAACAAUGAAAAUAGGAGAAAAAACUGAAUUUUAGGUUAACCGAUAAAGCCGGUAAAGUCCUAGUCACACAUAUAUUUUAUAUACCAACUUAAGAGCAAAAAUUAAAAACAUUUGUAAAAAAUAAAUUUAUGUAUACAGAGUUAUUUUGAUAUUAGUAACCGUGUUGGCACAACAGAGAUUUGGUGUACAUUUUAUCGCAUUGGACGGUCGAACGUAAGGAAAGCCUGAUAAGGAAACGCUUCCCAAAAUCAGUGAUAAGCCAAAAAGUUAUUUGCAUGAGACAGUGAUAGAGAGGCAAACAAGAACACACAGAAGGGAGGCGUAUUGCUAUUUUAUAGGGAUUAUCUGAAAACCAUGGCACAGUCUUGUUCGAAUUAGUGUGUAAGGUGUGCGUAAAUCGAAAGGCUGCAGAAUGGGCAACAAAAACUCCUGCUGUUCGUACUCGAGUCCUCCGCCGACGCGGAAAGCCAAGGAAGUGCCGGUGUUUGAAGAGCACCUGCCGGAGGGUGAACUUUCCACAAACAAUCUGCAACACAUUUCCGAACGGGAAGGGGAUGAUGGAGAGCACGACCCAUCGGUGGAUCCAUCGGCGGGGACGAUGUUCCUCGAGCGUUCGAAACAGAGCUUAGAAAAUGGAAUGACGAGGAAAAGAUCCCAGCACCAGAUAGCUCCCCAGGGAGGAGCUGUGCUGAAGAAAAGUAGUUCAUGUUCCACAAUCUAUCUAGACGAUUCGACGGUGUCGCAGCCGAAUCUCAAGAACACUGUGAAGUGCGUAUCGCUGGCGAUCUACUAUCACAUAAAAACCCGCACAAGUGAACGAAGGAUAGAUAUUUUCGACGAGAAGCUUCACCCGCUUACCAGGGACCCCGUUCCAGAAGAUUAUGAUCAGCACAACCCCGAACAUAGGCAGAUAUACAAAUUUGUCCGGACGCUGUUCAAUGCUGCCCAGCUGACUGCUGAAUGUGCCAUCAUCACUCUCAUAUACUUGGAACGGUUGCUUACGUACGCAGAGCUGGACAUCGCGCCCUGCAACUGGAAGCGAAUAGUUCUCGGUGCAAUUCUGCUGGCUUCCAAGGUGUGGGACGAUCAGGCGGUAUGGAACGUCGACUACUGCCAGAUUUUGAAAGACAUAACCGUUGAGGAUAUGAACGAGCUCGAACGACAAUUUCUCGAACUGCUACAGUUUAAUAUCAACGUACCCUCGUCCGUGUACGCCAAGUACUAUUUCGAUCUGAGAACGCUCGCCGAAGCAAACGAUCUGUCAUUCCCGACGGAACCCCUGUCGAAGGAGCGAGCCCAAAAACUGGAGGCCAUGUCCCGGGUAAUGCAGGACAAAGCGACUGCCGAGGCGCUGAAGAACGGCAUAAAGAAGUGGUCCUCCAUCGAUAACAUCCAUCAACAGGGCAACGUGAGGCGGAGUGUUGCCAUUCUAUCGUGAUUCCACAGGGAGGUGGUGGGUGUGAUUGUGCGCUCGGUGUAAUAUUCAUUUUAGGCCAAGUUUAGAAAAGUAGUGCUUAGUAGAGAUGAACGGAUGAAAGCGAACACAACACCACGUGUUGCAAAAUCGCUAGUGCGCCAAAUAGAGAGUGUUGUCGUUCUAGCAUGACAAGCAAUGAUGAGAUCAAUUAAACAAAACUUGCAAGCGCACGGAAAAUGCGAGACGGCGGCUUGGACCAUUGCGUCUGGCCGUAUUUUAUAUGUAUUUACUCGAAAGACGGAAAUAGUUCGGUUGCAAUACGCCAAACAAGAAAAACACACACAUGAUAUCAUAUGUAGAGAACCCUUCCAACCAAAUAGAGAGGGUGUUUGCUGUUGAAAGAAUUCUAAAACUAUUUUGAUGUGAUGGAAUUUGAUUAGGAUUUAGAAAAUUAGCUUGUUCGAAUUCAUAUUUUGCAUUGUGUUCAUCUAAAAAACAGUGUUAUUCUAUAGUACUCCAGAAUAUGUUUUUUUUUGAGACUUUCAGCCUCCUGGGCUGGUUCGUCUCAGAGAUUAUGUUUGUAUUACUGGCUUUAGUAAUAAUUUUAUGUACAUUGGUAAACUAUUCAUAAAGCGAAUACUUCGGAAGAAAUUAAACAAUUUACCAAAAACUAUUAGUCUCAAACGCAGAGGCACGAGUUAUUAGUGAUCUCCGGGGCACUCGUGAUAACAUAUUUUUUAUACUUAUAUCUUUUGUGGUAUUGUUGUUCAAUAACGAAACUGAAGCUUUUUUAAAAUACUUUUUUCUCUGUUUACAUCACACGUAGACAGAAAAGGUACAGUUUUCGACACCUGUUACUCAAAAGAAUAACCCAUCAUUUGAAUAUUUUUCGCUUUUCAAACAGUUUUUUUUUGGGCCGAUCAGAUUUUAUUUCCUUGAUAGCUGACCCGGCAAACGUAUAUAAUAACAUUUGACUAAUCAAUAUUCAUAAAUAUUAAUUCAAAAAGAGUAAUAAGAGUUAAAGGUUAUUAUAUAUUAUGAGAGGACGAAACAAACAAGAGAGUACAACACCUGUGGCGGGAUUCCGUUGUAAAUGUUUAUACAAUAUCCGUGUUGUCCCUUCAGAGCGGCUGGAAGAUUUUUCGUCAAAGAAAUUUCUUCUGAUCUGUACUGUGGUUACACACAUUGUAGAGCUUGCAUCACAACAUAACGACGUGUUUCUUACCAUAGGAAUUUCUACAAAGUACAGUAGAACCUUGAUUAUCCUUCGUUAUCCACGGAAACGAGUUCCACAAUGCUUCUAUAGGCCUUCCCGGAAUUUGUCAGUGUGUGGUGGGCUCUUACUUUUUCGGUUUACGUUAAUACGAGUAAAUAUUAUUGUAUUGAUAAAACAUAUUAGGUUGGGGAAAAAGCUAUCCAUUAUUUUCUCGGUAGCUGGCUUUAGUGAUCAAUAUAUCGCAUAAUAUUGAUCAUACGUUUUGAAGUUUAGGUUCGUUCGUUGUAAAGGUGACAUUUCACCCUAAAAAAACUUUUGCUGUUUUUUGUUUGCUCCAUUCAGUUGUGAGUUACAGGGUGUUAACAAUAGAGGUCAACAAAGAGAAAAUUCGGUACAUUUAACACUUUUGCUUUUAUAAAUUUGAAAAUGCAAGCCAGACAGCUGAAAUUGUGAACGGCUCUGCGGAAUGCACGUAUCUGCAUGCGCGUGCUUUUUAGUGCUGACCGACGAAUUGUCGAACAUUCACGCAGGUGCCAAGGAUGACCGACUUUUGAAUGCCGUCCAAUUUCUUCUCCAUGUUCAACACCGCUUCCAGAAGAGUUUUCGGGACAGUUCCGGUUCCAGGGAGAACGACUGGAACAAUACUUGGAACCUCUCCUAGCCCCCACAGUUCUUUAAGUUCCACGGCCAAUAGGCGGUACUUACAAACAUUGCGAUCGUGGGUCUCCUCCAGAGUUUGGUUCAGCGAAAUAGCGACAUCGAUGAUGGUGACUCUGCGGUCGCUCUUGUCGUAAACCAUUAUAUCUGGGCGGAUGUGUUCCAGUGCCGAUUGAGGAUGGUGCAUUCCGACCUCUUUGAAUGCUUUCCUCAUCCUUCUCUCAAGGUAUUCUAAGUCAGUGUUGCUCCUCUUGACCACUCCAAAACUGAAGGUCAGCAGGGGAACCGCGAAUGUGUUGGUCUUGAUGUCGGAGUGGCGAAUCCCGGUGAGCUGUCGGAAUCCAAGAUAUUUAUAGGAUUCGCCACGAACCAUGUCUCCUAUCAACUCGCCGUCAUAGGCCUCGUAGUCUCCGGAUUCGGUAAGUUGUCCAUUCAACAGAUGGACACAGUGGUUGCCGAACUCCAUGCAGAUGUCCCUGCUUAUUUUUUCGACAACCCGGAUAGCUACACCUAGACCCUGACGUGAAUCAGCGUAGACCUUGAGACCGUCCAUGUAGAAGUUAUGGGUCACUUCUUUGUAGGCGCCGUCCCUAUACCUUAUCUUAUAGCCAUAACCGUUUCUAUUGAGCGUUCUACUGAGGGGGUUCAGUGCCAGACAAAACCAAAGCGGGUUGAAAGAGUCGCCUUGGAAUAUCUGUUCUAGACUGCAACACAUUCUCCCCAUCGCUGAGCUGCAGAGACAUACUCCACUGCCUCAUCGCAUGCUGCAGGAUCCUAACGACGGUGGGAUCAAUUUUGUAGAUCUCCAAUACCCGGACGAGAAACGAGUGAGGAAUGGAGUCAUUAGCCUUUCUAUAGUCUAUAUAGGCCAUAUUUAGGUUCCUCUGAUUAUAUACGGCUUGGUCGAAUAUGGCUGCGUUGAUGGUGGCUUGGUCUUUGCAGCCAUACGUAUUUUUCUCACAUUCUUUCUGCUCUUUUGCGAUGAUGUGAUGUUGUUCGUUGUGAGCAAAAACUUUGGCGGUUAUGAUACUGCCCAAUAUUUUGGGCCCUAUUAAGGAAUAAGUUUCAUAUAUCUUUUGGUUUAAUUGAUAUUUUUCGUCGAGCAGAUGGUUUCAUCACUCAGACGUUUUGUUAUUAUGGAUUUAUUGGAGCAAUGUUUGUCCAUCUAAUCAACGAUUUUUCAACAAAAAUUUUAAAUCUAUAUAUAUGCAUUUCCAAUAAAGUAGUUGUUUUGAAUUACUCAUUUCCGUUCAAUAUGUGAAGACCCUUUUCGUGCCGUGUUAAUAUAUUCAAAACAGUCAUCUAGCAUCCCCGGAUAUGAGUUCAAUGUUUAGAAUGUUUAAAUUUGGUUGUGUUGUUUGGAAGAGGCCCGUUUGAAAAUCUGUAAAAUCUUGCAAUUACUGAAUUGAAUUUGAUGGUUGCAUUUGAAAACAUACAUUGCUUAUGCAAUACUAGUUUAGCCGUGAAACAUUUUUUUAAGAUAAAGGCGGAGCAGAAGAACACCGAUGCUUUCAAUCAACAAGGUGAACAAACACAUCAGACAAACUAGACGAUUCGACUGAUUCAUUGACGAGCGCGGGCAAACGGUCGUCGAACCAGACGAGCUACUCGUCUGUUUUUAGUCGAGCUCGGCUUCUGGAAUAUGAAAACAAACGAGACGAGCGCUCGUCUCCUCGUUUCGUUUUCUGGAAUAGGGCCCUUUAUAGAAACUCGAUAGGCACGUUAUCGGUCUGUACUCCUAUGGGUUCAACGUGUUGCUGUCUUUCGGAAUGAGGAAAGUGACGCCAUGGGUGGCGAAUUCAGAAAGGUUAUGUGGGACACGUAGCUCCUUGUUGAAGUACUCAGCUAUCUUUGGAUGUGCGACGGUCGGCUCCUUGUGCCAGAAGUUCUGAACACCAUCGCUGCCAGGUGUUGCCCAGACCCUCAGGUACCGCGAGGCUUCGGGGGUUUUUCGCCAAUAAGGACCAAGACCUCUAUGAUAGAGACAUUAUGAAGCUACCUUUAGAAUGACAACAAAUUUUUCAACAAAACGGUACAUAUUUGAUCCAAAUCGACAACCCGAAGCGUAUUAUAAAUUGUUUUUAAUUUCACCCAAAAAUAAUGGAUAACUAUUUCCCCAGCCUAAUAUCAUGAGACAUAAAUGAACAAUGUUUGUGAAAAGGGGGUAGAUCGUUAUAUUAUAACAGUUAGUAAGGUAUGUACACAAAAAUUGAAACAACAGUGUAGUCAAUUUAUUCUUAAAUCAAAGCUUCUGAAGCAAAUUAGUGAAAUGUGUCCAUAAAACAAGAUGGCAAGAAAAAAACCACUUUAAAAAUUCAUAACGAAAAAACAAUGUGAUGACGUUAACUUAAGAUCUUCAGUAUGGAAUAUGACCAUCGUGAGCCUCAAUCACCUACUAAAGACGUUUGGACAUCAAAUUUUUCAGAUCGUGUGCGUUAAUCUCCUUCGAGACUCUCGAAAAUGCUGUGAAGUACGUGUCCUUGUUUGUUGCGCCAGUUUUGUCCACCUUAUUGUCCAGAAUAGCCCACAGAUUUUCAAAAAGGCUCAAAUCUGGACAUUGAGUUAUUUCAGAACACCGCUUAGACUUGAAAAAAGCCUUAGUUUUUUUGGCAGUAUGUUUAGGGUCAUUUUCCUGUUAAAAAAUGAAGUCUUCGCCUACACCGGUUUUUUUUUUGCUACGGAUUCACGAAGAUUUCUAUUGUCAAUGUAGGCGUCAACUGUCAUUAUGCCGUUGAUUUGUUUCCAAGUUUCCUACGCCAGCCCAGGCAAAUCAGCCCCAAACCAUGAUGUUUCCUCCAACGUGCUUUACCGUAGGCUGUAGAUGACGAUCUACAGCGCUUCACCUGAUUUUCUCCAAACUUUCAUUCGCCGUUUCGGAUUAAAUAUCUUAAACUUUCGAUUCUUCAGUCUACAAAACACGUUUCCAAAAAGAUACCGACUUGUUGAGAUUUUUAUUGCGAACUCUAGCCGUAUUUUUUUUUAUUUGUGGGACUGAUGUAUGGUAGUUUACGAGCGAACUUGCUUUGCAAUCUAUGUUCCCUGAUCCUGCGGCAAAUUGUACGAACGGAUACUGAGAGCUGAAGGCUUCCCUUGAUAAAUCGAAUGGUUACCAUACACGAAGAUUUGAAUGUCUCUUGGUAGGUCUGUGAAAAUACCAUUCAUCUUCACAAGAAAGAGCGUAACGGCUAGCAUGCCACGGAGCCCUGUUUCUUCUGUAAAAAUCUUCGAUUGUUGGUUUCCAGUGAUUACUUGAAAAGAAUGGAGGCUCAGGAAGCCCUUCACGAAGCGUUACAUGUUACCAGAGAUCCCUCAGGCGUUCAGCUGUUGUAAGACAGUUGGAAUCCAGGCUUUAUUGCACGCUUUGGCAAAGUCUAGUGCAGCUAGUUUGGGGUGAAAAUUUUCCGUCCUUCUGACCGAUCAGUCAUCGGUUGAUUAUCCUCUCCAUGUUCUUAAAGGCACAACUGGUAAGGGAUAUGGCACGAUAGCCAUCCGGAGAGCGUCCGGUUUUGAAUGGUUUCUUGAUCUAUUCUUGAAACCAUUCCGGAGGGUUUUAGAUUUCCAACAAUUUCUUGCCUGCUAGGGUCAUCUAAAAGCGGGUAACCAACCUUAUUCGGUCCAGCUGAUUCACCCUUGGCGACCGAUGACCAGUGCCAGGGCGAGUUCGCGAGGUUGGAUUGGUUGAUUGAGAUGCGGUUAAGGUCAUCAUCAAAGAUUUUGGAAAAUUGGUUAUCGAAGUUGUCGUGGAGGUGCUUCUUCUAAGGCGUCGUGUACAAAUUACGUAACGCUAAAAAUCCGGAUUUUGGACCCCCCUCUCCCCCCUACGUAACGCAAUUUCCUAUCUCUAAUACACAGAAUGUAACGCAACCUCGACCUCCUCCCCCCCCCUUAUCUCGUUACGCCAUGGACAGAGUAAUGCUUUGGCAUUUUCUUUUCCCUGAGAAGGCAUCCUACCAAAGCUCGGCCGGGAUGUUGUCGCUAGACUCACCGUCGAUGAACGUCUCCCAGCUGCUCGCUCUAGGAUUCAGCUGUUGUCUCUUUGUGCACAGUGAGUAUUCGCUUAGUCUCCCGUAGAGCCUUCCUCCUCGAUUUCACUGCAACUUCCACUUCAGGGAACCACCAUGAUACUUCUCUCCUGCAGGGGACAGAGCUGCUCCUCGGUAUUGAUGUGGAUGCCGCUGCGAAUAACCCUUUUGAGAAUUGUCCCAUAGUUAUUGGUCCGGGGUUUCUGCCAUGGUACAGCAUUUCACCAACGUUAGUUUGAGAAACUGCCCAGUCUGCUUGAUCGUACCGCCACCGUGGGCGCCUAGUGAGCGCCGAAGGUUUAUCGUCAACCCGGAUGAUGAUGGGGUGGUGGUCGCUCCCCAUCGGAUCGGUAUGCGAUCGCCACAGUAGAAGGGGGAGUAGAUUAGAACAUGUGAAGCUCAAAUCUAUCGUCGUUUCUGUAUUAGCGCGUAUGAAAGUAGGAAAUCCGUCGUUCAACGCUCUGCAGUGUCAAUCCCACGCUGGUUGUAAUUGUUGCUAUCCCAUGUUUGGGAGGUUGAGCCGGUUGUUUUCCGCAGGAUGCAGCUGGUUCCGUAUGAUUGUCACGAGAAACGGGUAGUCAAUUUUCACAGCAAUCGCUGGAAGCUCUGUAUCGAGAUUCACCUCAGAGUAGUGAAAAGUCCGAUUCCCAUUGCAACAGAACGGUAAAUGUUUGAUUGCUCGUUCAGUACCCAGCAGUAUCGACCACCCAAAGACUGUCCAUUUUCGGGAUGUCAGCUCUGUGAACUUGCUGUACGGCUAAUAUAGUUGGGGCGAACUCUUGUUUCGGUAGUUCGACUUUACAGAGGUUUUAAAAGUAUUUGUUUGAGUUCCACUGGACGGCUAGCAUUGUGCCCGUGGAAUAGAUUCUUUUGGAAAUGGGUGCUGUGCUGGGUGAUGAUUCAGAUGCGGGUCUUAGAGGAUAGUGAGUGGUUAUUGAAGUCGUCGAUGAAUGAUGGGCCUGGUGAUCGUGUGUUUGAGCUUUUUUAAGCGAGGAGCGGAGCUUGACAGAGCUCUACCGAUAGAAGGUGUCCGAGAGGGACCCGCUGACGGCAGAGGCGAGAGAGCCGCGAAAUAAAAAACGUCAGUACUAUUGAGAGUCCAGAAUUUUGUGUUGAGUGAUUGCCGGCUUUCCGUGAUUUAUGUUUGUUUUUUUGUACUGUCAUUUCAGGUGGCUUGUUAAUUCGCCCCGCGAUUCUUGCUUGCUCGCUGGGGUUUUACUGUACUUGAAUACAGUUGUUGUCACCCGUGCUUUCUAGUGUAAAUAGUCUGCCCCCUUCAACGCACACGGUCGCAAAGAACGGAGUAAGGGCUUCCAAAGACUGUCAUUCAAUGCAUUGCUGCAAACGAGAAGAGUGGUUCUAUUUUUUAACCCGCCAAUUUUUCAUUUUGCCAUUUACGUGCGAGAUGGCAUUUUCUUCCUGUUAAGACCACUCUCAUUCGCGAUGCGAACUUGGAGAGAACCGUACCUUCCUUUUGGAUAACCGCAGCCAAUUCUACCGUUUUUUGCCGUUACUCUAGCUCGAAGACCGUUCUUGUUCAAUAAAGACGUAAUGCCUCAUUUUUUCCACCAAAGAAUCCCGAGCAUAUGAAGAAUUAUUGGCACAGAUAUUACUGCAUCGCGAAUGUUUUUUCUCAAUCCUUUUUAUCAUUUUCACUGUUGAAUGUCUCAGGUUGGACCUUUUUCUCACUGCAGCCGGAUUCUGAUCAUGGAAAGGGCGAUCCAAGGCUUCGAUUUUCGUCUGCAUUGUCAUAUACCGUCUUGAUUUUUUUUCGCAGGAACCGUUGCAGUAAGGCGUCGUGCACAAUUUAUGUAACGCGAGAAGGGGGUCGAGGUUGCGUUACUUAUAGCGAAUUCGUUUUUGUUCAGUUUCAACCCCAGUGCCGCACUAACUGCUGUCAAAACGUUUUUUUAUUCACUCAGUUGCGCACUAGUUCGCCCCGAAAGCUGCUAGUUUCGCACUGAGAUGCUUCACGGGUUGGCACUCGGGUUCACCAAUACAACUAUACUGAACUGUCAAGUUCCGAGUAUUGUUUUGGAAAAUCUAGAAAUGAAGACUAUGAAAAUGGAAAAGCAACUGCUCUUGCUUUUGUAUUAUUGGAAUCGUAAUCCAAUUCGGAUUCUGAUUUUGAAGAGUAUAUUCGUGUAGACGGCAUUAAGCUCCGUGUGCUUUCAUUGGGAGGCGAAAAUUAUUAUGGAUAUUCAGGAGGAAUAAACAUGCUCUCAAAAUCAAAAUUAUGAAUGAAAAUUUACUUUAACGUAUCGAAUAUUUAUUUUAUGUGAUGAAAUAAGAGGGUUUUUUCCGAUAUCGCAGAAACAUUGAACGAGAACUGUGUCUAACGAUGAUUUUAUAUUAUAAUAGUAAUUAUUUGUGGAACAAACAGGAAAUGCAUCGACAAAUGGUUAAGUGAGUGUCAGGACUACAUGUGUUAGGUAAUCAAACAAUAUGAAGUAAAAAAUGUCAUUCAAACUUUUAUAUUUUUACACUGCACUUGGCCCUUCUUAUCUGAUAGAGAAUAAUUUACCUCCCAAGCACUAAUAUCGCCACCAGACUUCGACACUGUACAUUUGUCGUCGCAAAUAUAAACAAAUCAGACUAUAUAACGCACACCAACAAACCACCGCAUUCGUGAAACUGAAAACUUUUUUUUAUUACAGAGUCAGUGUGGCACUGACUCAGUUUUAAAAACGAAUUCGCUAUUACUGUGUAUUAGAGAUAGGAAAUUGCGUCACGUAGGGGGGGAGGGGGUCCAAAAUCGGGAUUUUCAGCGUUACGUAAUUUGUGCAAGAUGCCUAACUUUCACGGUGUAUCAUAUUGAAGAAUUACCUGAAAUAAAUGCACGAAGUACUAUUUUUAUAGGAUUUGAAAAUUUUUACCAGAAAUGCAUACUAUUUUUUUCCAAAUUCUGUGUGAAAGUACAAACAGAUAGACAACACAAAGUCAACAAUGCAGUUUGGUUUUGUUUUGUCACGCAAUUGGUGAUGUUGCGUAUCAGAGCUGCCAGAUGAUAUUUUUAACAGGCACAUUGACAAAUUCCAUGUACCGAAUUACGUUUUAUUUGACAGCUUUUUUUUUUUGAAUGAAGCAGUGUAUUUCACUACAGUGUAUAUGCUGGCAAUUCUCCUUUUAUCGCUUUCCGAACAAAAUGAUUGCCUACCCACUACCCGGACGCCACGGAUGGCAUUUUUUCUGAUGACUUGCAGAAGGCCUAAAAAGGUGAAUGUGCCUAGUAUAACAAUACGCAGCAAAGUAUGAAGCUCUGAUGCCUGUUCCUGGUGGGAAGGUAGUCAACCUCUGUUCUAUAAUAAGAAACGAACGAAAUACGCAUUGUUGCGAUAACAUGUUGGAUGACUUGCGGCUCUUUAGUUUCAUAUCCGAAGCUCCAACUUUCACCUGUGCACAUUCCGGUUGGGGGAACGAGCGCUGUUAUUUUAGUCCUAAACAAAUUUCAUCCAUCAAAUUCAAUUUUGAUCAAACAAAUGCAAAAAGUUUAGAGUGGGAAAUAGUAGUCCCAACUGGUAUUAUUAGAAGUAUUAGCUGAUGAAUCAAAAUGAAAGAUAUGAAACAUUUCCGGUAAACCGAUGACUAGUAACUAAACAGUACGAACACGAACCAUUUUUCCGGGAAAUGAAAACCGAAACCGGACUAACAUAGUAUCUGGUGAGAACGACAUAGAAACGGAACCCUCUGGUGUGCGUAGGCGUUUGCAAACUCGUACACGUGAAACAAAUCAUAUAGACUAGAUAUACACUAACUAAAAACAAGAAAAGUAAUAAACACAUAUAGUAAACUCUAAAAAAACGAAAAAUAAAAAGUAAACCGAAAGUAAUUAUAAUGCCGUCACUAACUAAUUUUUAGCGCCGUAUUGCAAAACUCAAAAACAAAAAAUCUGAAGGUAGUGGACUCAUUGGAUAGAUGCGUACCGUAAAUUGUAGAUUUAUCUAGAUAUUAUUGAUGCGAAAAUUGAGUAAUACAAGUAACGAGUAAAAUAAUUGUGUGAAGUUCGAUUGUCGGAGAAAUCUUGCGAAAUAAAACGUAGCGCAUCAGAGUAUCAAGUCAUGUGUAUUGUUUUUUCUCAGUUGGUAAGCGCUACUGAUAAACACAAGUCUGCUGCAUUGUUUUUUGUUCGUUUUCUUAUUCUUAUUACCGAAAACGUUUCCUAAGGAAAAAAGAAAGAAAGGAUCCUAAAAUACUAGAUGCAUAAACUCUAAUCAAUAGCGAUAGGAUGAUAGUGAAGUAAGCAAAUAACAGUCAUGUAUUUUCCAUCGUUUAUGUCCUUAGUCAAAGCAAAUUACUUCAAUUUAGAUGCGUGAUGGAAAAGAAAAAUAAAUGGGUAGAAUAUGUUUGGGGAGAAAAUCAUCAGAGCAGAAUGUGUAGUUUCUAACGAUGGAUUCAAGGAUGACUCAAAAAGUGACAUCGGUAACAGGAUGUGGAAAACUAGAGAGAUAGUAUCGUACCAAUUUUUAUGUAACUAAAGCUAUUGCAAGAAGAGAAGGUAUCAAAGAAUAAAAUGAAAACAU